AGCACAACGCUCUGCAACUGUCCCAAAGAAAAUUAAAUGAAGGAAAGUUAUACAGCUUAUAAACUAAGGAAAUUAGUGUUUUUCAUACCAAAAUGUAAAAGUGUAGGACAGUUCAAAGCACGAGAGGAAAUAUACUAAACUUAAAGUGUCAAGUGCACCUCAGGGUAUACAGGAAAACGAUUUCCGGUGGUCCUACCAGGUCUGAUCUAGCUACGCCAAUACCCAUACUUCAUAAAAAAACAGUUGAUGCCAAGAAUAUAAAUUGUACAGCCAGAUACACAGAUGAAGACUGUACUCGUCACUGGGUUUGGUCCAUUCGGCGAACAUCAUACAAAUGCCAGUUGGGAAUGCGUAAAGCAGCUACGGGAGCUUACUCUGGGUGAGGACGUGCAACUGGUCACACACCAGUUACCGGUCGUCUACACUACUGUCAAGCAGAAGGUCCCAGAUCUCUGGACCGAACAUAAACCUGAUCUGGUUGUGCACGUGGGGGUGUCUGGUGUCGCCUCGGAGCUCACGCUAGAGACGAGGGGCCACAACACCGGAUAUGAUCGGCCCGAUGUGGAGGGAUGCGCGGCGGACGGUCUGUGCUGCGUGGAGACGGCGGACGACUGCAUCCUGGCCGGUAUCGACAUGGAAGCGGUCUGCACGGUGGUGAAUGAUUCGGCGUGCAAAACGAAAGCCGUUAUAUCGAAAGACGCCGGAAGGUACUUGUGUGACUUUUCCUUUUACUCCUCGCUGCACAUCAACCGGGACAGGUGCGCGUUUGUGCACGUGCCGCCCAUCGGAAAGCCAUACACCGUGCACGAGAUGGCGGAGGCCCUGAAAGUUGCCAUCCUGGAGAUGUUGAAGCAGGUUGGGGAGCGGUGCGGCACCGAUGGCAGGGGCGACAGCGAGCAGGUGGAGAGCGUAUGAUCACAAGCAGGCGUGGUUUAGUAGUUUUUACUAAACUUUGCACAGACAAUCUUAUCGAACGGACAUCGUAUUACGAUAUUGUAUAUUUGUAUAACUGCUUCAGUGAUGUUUUAUGAUAUUGCAUUCUUUAUUAUAUUUAUACUCCGGAUAUUUCGUUGUGACGAGAUAGUUAUGAAUUGUCUUAUUUCAUAUGUUUGAGAUCUUUGGAUUUAGUUACAUUUACAUAUACAGGAUAAUAAAGUUUACCCAUCCCAGAUAAGAAUAUCCAAAUAUUUGGUCAUGCUGGCAGUCCUUAUCUUGCCCACAGGUACUCAUAAAAACUUACUCGUAAUUAAAAAAUAAAUAUACAUAUAUACAUGUAUUUAAUAUAUUUCGUUUAACUUGGUUGGAAAAAACAUCUACAAUGGCCGCUCGUGUACGAUUAUAAGUAUCUUCCAUGGCCGAAAGUGUAAUAUAGGUUCACUCCGCCCCGAGCGUAGGGUGUUUAGGGCGGAAACGAGUUUUACCGAGUUUCCGCAAAACAACCUGCGCGAGGGUUGGGAUGAACCUAUCUUACACUCUCGGCCAUGGAAGAUAUUUAUAUUCUAGCAUGAUUGAAUUAUUGGAUCUACUAAUCUGAGGUGGGAGAAAAGUUCAUUCGAACACACGCGCAUAGGGUUUCAGCCGGAAACUCGGUUAACCUCGUUCUCGCAAAACACCCUACGCUCGGGUUGGAUCUUACUUAAAAUCUACGGAAGGACGGGGACGUUUUAAAAGCGGCUAUGAUUUUUUUGUUAACUUCCAUUCAUGCACAUAUGUUAUAUCUAAUAAUCUCACUGACAGAACUUUGUAUCAUGAUAAAAAGUAAAACCAUU